GGGAGAGGGAGGCUGUUUCCUCAUGGGCCUGAGCACUCAGGUGCCUUUCGUAGCGGGCUUCCAGGCCAGAUCUCAGGGAGGCCUCAACACCCCGCCUGUGCCCAGCUUGCCCCGAAGGGUGGGGAUGGGGCCGGGGCAUUGGACCUGAAGAAGGGAGAGACAAGAGAAUCACAUGGACUGGGGUGGGCCUGCUCAUCGGUGGUCCAGGGACUUUUCUCUUUUCUCUAUCCCCGCUUCCACGCCGCUGUUCUGUACCUGCCUGAAGGGAAGCUCUGUAGAAAUGCCAGUGGAGGUGGCGAGCAUCUUAGAGCCGAACUACAACCAGAUGGAGGAAACAGGCUUCUCGCUGACCCCGGAAGUCCUCUCCUGGCUGCAGCGGGAGGACGCGGCCCUCACCCGGAGCCUGGUGGAGAGCUGUGGGCUGAAGCUGCGGGGCCCUGGCCACCCAGUCACCAGGGACCCUGAGGUGGUGCCGCAGCUGUCUGCGCUCUACGCAUCCCUCGCGGGGCUGCAGCUGCUGGCCGAGCCCAGCCCCACAGCCCUCCAGGCUGGUGCCUGAGGAGGGUGCCCCAAGGGGCCCCAUCACCUUGACUCCAGGGAGCGGCUGGCCCAGAGCCUCCACGCAGGUGGCCCCAGGUGACGGUGGGGCUCUGCCCAGCUCAGCUCACACUCCUCUCUCCUUCUCAGGACCGGCCCCCAGACCUCAGUCGCCCAUCCAGGUCUGGGGCAGCGGGGGCCCCAGUUAGGCUAGAGUCCUACCUUGGAUC